AUGUAUUUCAGCCCAGAGGUCCUGAAGAGCGAGCCAUAUGGAGAGAAGGCUGAUGUCUGGGCUGCAGGCUGCAUCCUUUAUCAGAUGGCGACUUUGAAUCCUCCCUUCUGUAGCACCAACAUGCUCUCCUUGGCUACUAAAAUAGUAGAGGCUGUGUAUGAGCCAGUGCCUGAAGGUAUCUACUCUGAAAAAGUGACAGAGACCAUUAGAAGAUGCCUCACUCCUGAUGCGGAAGCCCGUCCAGAUAUUGUAGAAGUUAGUUCCAUGAUAUCAGAUAUCAUGAUGAAGUAUUUAGACAGCUUGUCCACAUCCCAGCUAGCCUUGGAGAGGAAGCUGGAACGGGAGAGGAGGCGCACACAGAGAUAUUUCAUGGAAGCCAACAGGAAUGCUGUCACGUGUCACCAUGAGCUAUCUCUGCUGUCCCAGGAGACCUUUGAGAAGGCGAGCCUGAGCAGCAGCAGCAGUGGAGCAGCCAGCCUGAAAAGUGAGCUUUCAGAGAGUGCAGAGCUACCUGGGGAGGGCUGCCACAUCCCCUGUGGGAAGGAGGAGGACAGGGGCUGCGAGGAGGAGCUGUCAGAGGACAACUUCCAGCUGGAGAGUGUGGAGAAAGACCUGUAUUCUGAGCUAGAUGAGGAGCUGGACGUCUCAGACAACUGUAGCAGCUCCAGUUCAAGCCCCCUAAAGGAGUCUACAUUCAGCAUUUUAAAGAGAAGUUUCAGUGCUUCGGGAAGAGAAAGACAUUCACAGGCAAGGGACUUCAUUGGUGGACUAGGAUCAAGACCAAGACCAGCGUCUGCAGGCAUUGCUGUGUCCCAGCGGAAAGUGCGGCAGAUCUGCGACCCCAUUCAGCAGAUCCUGAUCCAGCUGCACAAAGUCAUCUACAUCACGCAGCUCCCUCCAGCUCUCCACCAUGAUCUGAAGAGAAGGGUUAUAGAAAGAUUCAAGAAGUCCCUGUUCAGCCAGCAGAGCAACCCCUGUAACCUGAAAUCCGAAAUUAAGAAGUUAUCACAGGGGUCUCCAGAACCUAUCGAACCGAACUUUCUUACCUCAGAUUACCACUUACUUCGCCAUUCAAGCGCUGCAAAAAACUGGUCCCCAAGUGACCCCACAGGUCCAUCCAGCAGCCUUGAAGUGGAAGAGGGAAUCACAUAUGAGCAGAUGCAGACUGUGAUUGAAGAAGUCCUGGAGGAAAGUGGCUAUUACAACUUUACAACUAACAGAUCUUCUAGGUGUCACUCUUAUCCAUGGGGGACCAAGAGCUACACAGCCAAAAGAUGAGAGUCCUGCAUUGGA